AUGAAAAUAGUUACUGCUAUUUCUGAAAAUAUUGACUCAACUUCUUUCAUUCGUUCUUCAUUAAAUAAAUUAUGUCAAUCAAAUAUAUCUCAAAUUCUUAAAGAAUUAAAAACACAAGUCAGAACAAUUAAUGACGCUAAAGUUGUUCUUGAUAUUCUUUUUAAAAAAGCGGUUAAUGAAAAAAAAUUUACUAGUCUCUAUGUAGACUUUUAUAAACAACUUCAAACAAUUUUAUUAUCAACACGUGAAGAAAUAGGAAAGGAAAUGCCCAAAAUUUUACUCGACAAUGCACAACAUUUAUUUAUUAAUAUUCCAGAAAAAACUGAAGAAGAUCAAAAAACUGAAGAAGACUUAGAUAUUAUGAAAUUUGAAUUCUUAGGAAAUUGUCGUUUAAUUUCUGAAUUAUAUAAAUCUGGUUUAGUUAAAUCAGCACUACCUGUAUUGUGUAUGAAUCAAUUAGUUAAUGGAGGGUUAAUUGCAUUAGAAGCUCUUGCUCAACUAAUGAGUGAUAUCGGAAGUAUUAAUCAAAAAGAAAUUAAACCAAUUAAAGAUAAAAUUGUACAAAGGGUAAAAGAGGAAUCUUUACCAAAACGUUAUUGUAUUAUUCUAGAAAAUGGAUUAAAAGCACUUGGAUUUAAUGAAAAAUUAAUGUAA